AUGUCUCUAAAUUUUAAUGUUCAGAUUCCUGUGGAAGAAUUGAAGGAGCCCGUUGUGGGCCAUGGAGGGUACCAGGAGUUGAAAUCACGCGAGGAAACGCUCCCAAGAGGAUAUUCGACUGCACCAGGAAGGCGUGUGUUGACCUGCGAGAUUCUCGUGGAGCAUGACAUCCCGAUCGUUGUACGAGAUGGUUCCAAGCUUUACGCCGACAUUUACUGGCCCCCUAAAGUCCCCGCGCGAUCGACUCCGGCCAUUCUCUGCUGGAGUCCCUUCGGCAAGAAAUUCAACGGCAUUCAGUCUCUUCAACUCAUGACGCCCUGGAACCUUGGUAUUUCUGAGGGGACACUGAGUGGACUGGAGAAAUUUGAAGCUCCUGACCCUGCGGAGUUCGUCGAUCGUGGGUACGCCGUGGUCAAUGUGGAUUCUCGUGGCGCUUUCGAUUCGGAAGGGAAAAUGGUCAUCAUGGGAACACAGGAAGCACAGGAUGGAUACGACGUGAUUGAAUGGAUUGCUCAACAACCAUGGUGCAAUGGAAAUGUGGGCAUGGCUGGAAAUUCGCACCUUGCCAUUGUGCAGUGGUUCAUUGCUGCACUGCAGCCUCCAUCAUUGAAAGCCAUCGCGCCAUGGGAAGGAUGUGGCGAUCUUUAUCGCGAGCAGUUUGCUCGAGGCGGCAUAUACGGGGGUGAUCUGUUCGACCACCUCAUUGUGAAAUAUAUGCUGCGGGGACGCAAUGGAAUGGAGAGUUUCCGUAAGAUGUUCCAGCAACACCCAUUGGCGAAUGACUGGUGGAACGAUAAGCGACCCGAUAUGAGAAAGAUCAACAUUCCUACCUACAUCACCGGGACAUGGACCAACACUAUGCAUGGUAUGGGUGCAAUCAGAGGUUGGAUGGAAGUUGAUACUCCACAGAAAUGGCUUCGGUGGCACCCUUACCAAGAAUGGUAUGAUAUAUGGGGAAACCAAGACGGUCGAGAUGAGCUCCUGUCCUUUUUUGAUCGGUAUUUGAAGGGAAUCGAGAACGGUUGGGAGUUGACCCCCAGAGUACGAAUGGCAAUCUUGAAAUACGGCGAAAAGGAGCCAUUGGCCAACUUAGUGGAGGAAAAUUUCCCAAUCCCGCGCACAAGAUACAAAAAGGCAUAUCUCAACUCGAACGGAUGCUUAACCUUGGAGCAAGCACCUUCGGAACCGGCUCAAGUGUCGUACAUCUCCGAGGAUCCUGAAGACAUGGCGAAGUUUACUCUUACCUUCACUGAGCGGACGCAUGUUGUCGGCAUUCCCAAGGCGAUACUUUACAUGCGAUGUGAUGAUAUGGAUGAUAUGGAUAUCUUCAUUGUUCUGAACAAGGUUUCUGCAUCCGGAGAAAAGCUUUUCAAUCUUAACAUCCCUUGGAAGAAUAUUCCAGUUUCCAAAAUAUCCGAGAUUCCGGAGGACUUGCGCACCGAAGUUGUUCUCUACCAGGGGCCGACGGGCAUUCUACGUGCCUCAAACCGCGCUAUUGAUUCAUCACGCUCUAUGCACCCCAACUGGCCAUUCUACACGCAUGAAAAAGAAGAGAAGAUACAACCGGGAUCAGUCGUGCGAUUGGAGAUUGGGAUAUGGGGAAUGGGCGUCGAAUAUGAGGCUGGAGAAAGCCUGCAGAUGUGUGUCAGUGGCCAUUACCAGGGAAUAUCGAACUUCGGUACCACAGAGCAUGUUCGCAACAAGGGGAAGCACUGGUUGCAUCUAGGCGGAGAUUGUGAUAGCCAUCUUAUUCUACCUUUUGUAUGA